AUGCCUCCUCCGCAAUUAAGUAUAUCUCCUCCACUACUCAACUCGGCAACGCCUUGGGCAACCGACCUUGAUGACCUCUUAGCAAUUGCCUCAUCCCCAUCAACAGGUGCUAUCACGACUCGCACAUCCCUUAUCAAUGGCUUCAACCAUCAACAUGAGCAUCACCAAUACUUAUUCUUCAAUCCGUCUUCGGUGACCCCAAGUGAAGGUACCUCAUCUAAUCAAAUACCGCCCAAAGAUCAUCAAGUUGAAGCUACGUCCAGCUUGAAUAACUUGGGCUACAGUCCGAUUCUACUGGAUGGAUAUCUUGGGUUUCUGAUUGAGAUAUCUCGGCGGCUUCCCCACUUACAAAAGACGUUUAUUGUCAGUGUUACCGGAUCACCUGAGGAUAUCCAAGAAAGCUACAAUAGAAUUGAAUCUGCCGCAAAGAAUCUUCCCUUUCCUUUGGCAAUGGAAGUGAACUUGAGCUGCCCUAAUAUUCCUGGUGCACCACCCCCAGCUUACGAUGGACCCUCCCUCCAAAAGUAUCUCUCCCUACUUCCUAGUCGUCCGUCGCUACCUGUAGGAAUCAAAACACCUCCGUAUACACACUAUGGACAGUUUGCAACUCUGGUCGAAACCCUACAGAAGGCGGCAUCGUCUAUCAGCUUUAUCACUGCAACAAACACACUUGGUUCCUGUCUAAUUCUACAAGACAAUGAGGAUGUUGAUAUGAGGCCUCAACUACCUGGAAUAGGUGUUGGUGGUAUGGCAGGACCGUCUCUUCAUCCUCUUGCGCUUGGCAAUGUAUCCACUUUACGAAAGAUGCUAGAUCAGGUGCCCCAGUUGAGUCAUGUACAGAUCAUCGGUGUUGGUGGAGUACGCGAUGGAGACGGUUACCGAAGGAUGAGAACUGUUGGGGCUUAUGCUGUGGCGGUGGGUACGAGCCUGGGGAAGCAGGGAUCAGGAGUCUUUGAGAGGAUCGAGGGUGAUCUGAAGGGGAAAUGGGAUGUCACUGAAUCGAAGCUGUGA